AUGCUCAGAAUCGCUGCAAGAAACGUCAUGCCAUCAAGCUCAUCUCGCCUUUUCCUAAGAACCCUCUCAUCUGGUUCUCCAAAGAUAUACGACUUUGAAGGUAUAAAGAAGUUGGUUGAAAAGCCUGAUGCCAACAAGAUCUUGAUUGAUGUUAGAGAGCCUGCCGAAUUGGAAUCCUACAAGAUGCCAACUUCUAUAAACAUUCCUUUACAAAGUGCACCUGGUGCUUUGGGUCUUCCACAGGAUGAGUUCAAGGAGAUAUUUCAAUUCCCUAAGCCAAAAGAUGAUCAAGAGCUAGUCUUCUUUUGCUUGAAAGGCAUUAGAGCUAAGGCAGCUGAAGAGUUGGCUAGAUCAUACGGAUAUGAAGAUACUGGUAUCUACCCAGGAUCUAUUAAUGACUGGCUGGAGAAGGGAGGAGCUGAUAUUACUCCUAAAUGA